CCUCCCCAUGUUGAUGCUUCACGGAUAAAUGAGGCUCCCGCUCGAUAGAAUCUCACACCUUGGCAUCGGCUUCCAGCAUGAACGCUCUCGUGUCUCUGUGCAUGCUGGCAGCGCUGGCAGCAACAGGCGAAUCCCUUUCCUGCACCAAGUGUAUGUCCCUGUCUGGACCGUCUUGCACGGGGGCCAGUGUAACAUGCCCCUCGGAUAAUGCUUGUGCAACCGCGUAUUCUGUUACCGUUGUAGACGGAGCGAUAAGUCCGGUGUUUACUAAAGACUGCGCACCAAGAAGCCAGUGCAACGUCACCGGGAGCAUCACCUUCCUUUACGGCAAGGUGAAGAUAGCGACUGCCUGCUGCGAGACAGACGAUUGUAACUCAACCGUGCCAGCGUUGCCAUCUGAUACCCUACAGCCAAACGGCCUAACGUGUCGGACCUGUGCUUCGGACGAGUCUCUCUCGUGUUACACGGCGGACACCAUGCAGUGUUGGGGAGCGGAGAAUAAAUGUUUACGUCUUCAAAAAAAAAUAACAGGAUACUUGUAUGUACAGGAAGCCAUCCGCGGCUGCGCCACCGAAAGCGUCUGCAGCGUUCUUGGUAACCAGCAAUCUAGCUUUGGAGGUUUAAAUAUCGACAUGAAAGUCUUCUGCAGCAACGGAAGUCUCGGUCUCAACAGCGGAUUUCACUUUUCAUCAAUUAUUUCCCUUGUUUUGAUGACUUUUUUAUUCUUGUAGUAAUUCAUACAAACUGGUUUAAUUACUCGAGUUAUUCAACUAAUAAAAAGUAACAAUGAACGUGUUAUCAACACAAAAUGAAAUGAAAA